CUUCCAUGUGAGGAUGCUCUCCCAAUAUUAACUUGGCGUCACCAGCCCUUGGAGAAGCAGACUUUAGUCAAUGGUUGGCUUAGAGUGGAAAAGGAGGAUUUCCCCCCCACAGCUAAUUCUGCAAACAUCAGUUUAAGAGUCAGAACCAUUGGCAUCAGGAUGGAGAUAAUUAGAUCGCUUUCUUAACAGCCUUUUGUGGUACUGGUGUGUUUUCAUCAGAAGAAAAAAUAAUCCACCGAGUGCACUGUUGUGAGUCACUGAGGACUGAGGUAUAUUUGUGAAAGUAACAAAACAAGCUGUCAGACCCUGUUGCUGCAGACAGUGUCAAAAGACAACUCACAGGAGCUCACGCCUGCUUUUUUGGGGCAGAAGAGGUCCUCAAAGAGAGACUGUUGGCAGCUAUGUUAUGAUAGAAAAAGUUUAUGCUAACUUGUCUUGACAGAAAGUAUGGUUCACAGAGACAGAAGUAAUUUUACUGAGUUUUGCUGGAAAAACUUUGUUUGGUCUGAAUAGUAGAAAAAGAACUUCUGAGUCCUAAAACCUAAUUGCAAUGAUGGAUGGAAAAAUAACUCAGGAGUGUUUUCUCUAGAUUCAAGAUGUUUUGAACUUGCUUUUGAGUGGAUGCAUAAUAGAAUAAGUGUGUAAUUUCAUGGUUACUAAUACAGAUGCUCCCCGGGUUAUGCAAGACCUGACUUGCGCAAAUUCGACCUUAUGCAAAAAGUUCCAUAAGGCAUAAAUAAAAUUUUUGAGUUGCAAAAAUAUUGCGUAGUGUAUGGAAAUGCAAAGUACUGUACAGACGCUCCCUGGGUUACGCAAGACCCAAUUUACGCAAAUCUGCACUUAUGGAAAAAGUUCCUUAAGCUAGAAAUAGGAGGUUGUUUUUUGUUUUUUGUUUUUUUUUGCGUAAUGGGUAUACGUUUCUGACUCAGGCAAAAUUCAAGUUACGCAAGGCGUUCCAGAACGGAACAAUUGUGUAAGUUGGGGAGCGUCUGUAGUGCGGUGUGCAGAGGAAUACAGCAGUAGCAUCUCCCACAAGGGAAGGCUUUGUGCUCUCACAGCCUCUCAGUCUUGUGUUCUUUCAGUGAUACUGUAUUUCUGUUGAUUCACCCUAUUAUUUCAUUCAAAUCAUGCCUGGAAAGCAACCAAGUGAUAGCAAGAGUGCAAGACCAGUUCGUAAGCGAAAGAAGAUUGAUUUAGAGCAGAAAAUGAAAAUAGUGAAAAAGUAUGAAGGCGGACAAAGCCUGUCAUCAAUUGCUCGUGAACUCAAUUUGGCUACCUCAACAGUGAAAAGUAUUUUGAAUGAUAGUGCACGCAUAAAAGAGCAUAUGAAAGGGUCUGCUCUUUUAAAAUCAACAGUCAUAACGAAGCAACGUUCUGGUGCUAUCUAUGAAAUGGAAAAGUUAUUAACAAUGUGGAUGGAAGAUCAGAUUCAAAAACGUGUGCCGCUUAGUCUAAUGAUUAUUCAAGCGAAGGCUAAAAGUAUUUUUGAAGACGUAAAGGUAAAAUACAGUGAUCCUAACGCAAAGUUUGUGGCUAGUCAUGGGUGGUUUAAUAGAUUUAAACAACGUGCAAAUUUUCACAAUGUAAAAGUGAGUAGUGAGAUUGCUAGUGCGGAUACAAAAGCAGCUGAAAAGUAUCCCGAAGUGUUACGAAAACUUAUAGAAGAAUAUGGUUAUACAGCCCAGCAAAUCUUUAACGUCGACGAAACUGGAUUGUUUUGGAAAAAAAUGCCAGACAGAGCAAACAUUUCAAAAGAGGAAAAGAUGAUGCCAGGGUUUAAGGCUUCGAAGGAUAGGCUAACACUUUUGCUUGGGGGUAAUGCAGCUGGAGAUUGCAAAUUGAAACCGUUGCUUGUUUAUCAUUCAGAAAAUCCCUGUGCAUUUAAAGGCAUUAGCAAGGCUACCCUUCCAGUUCAUUUCCGUUCAAAUCAAAAGGCUUGGAUCACAAUGGCACUUUUCAAAGAUUGGUUUAUAAAUUUGUUUAUCCCCGAAGUGGAAAAAUUCUGCAGAGAAAACAACAUCCCAUUCAAGAUUAUGCUUAUCGUUGAUAAUGCUCCUGGACAUCCCGCAAAUUUAGACGACUUUCACCCUAAUGUAAAAGUCGUGUUUCUGCCUCCUAACACGACGUCACUCCUACAGCCCAUGGAUAAGGGGGUCAUUGCUAAUUUUAAAGCCUAUUAUCUACGAAGAACAUUUGCACAGGCAGUAGAAGCAACUGGCAGAGAGACUGGCAAGACUUUACGCGAUUUUUGGAAAUCGUAUAACAUUUACCAAGCCAUCAUAAACAUUGCUAAGGCCUGGGCAGAGGUUACCCAAGUUUGUUUGAAUGCCGUAUGGAAGAAAGCGUGCCCACAGUUCGUACGCAGCUUUAAAGGUUUUGAAAAAGACGAAACAUAUGAGGAGGUGGCAGAUGAAAUUGUGAAGCUUGCCGAGCAGCUUGAGCUGGAGGUUGAUGUUGGUGAUGUGGAUGAGCUUAUCGAAUCCCAUGGAGCUGAAUUAUCAAAUGAGGAUCUCAUGGAAUUAGAAGCAGCAAAAGUAAAAGAGCAGACUGAAGCUGAGGAUGAAGUUGAAGAAGUAGAAGAGCCACGACACUUCAGUACCAAGCAGAUGGCACUUGCAUUUCGUGAGAUUGACUCUGCAAUGGCAAGAUUUGAGAAGAUGGACCCCAAUUCCUCACGAUUCUUGAAAGUUAACAGAGGCAUUGACGAAACGCUGGCCUGUUAUAGACAGAUGUAUGAAGAGAAGAAAAAGGCCACUAUCCAGUCAUCUCUCUAUAAAUUUGUAAGGAAGGUUGAGAGAUCUGCAACGUCCACAUCUCCACAGCCUUCCACCUCCAAAACCCCCUCUGACGACUCUGAUGAUAUAAUGCCUUUUUCCUCAUUUACAAAUUAAGCCCAUUGUCAUCCACCACCAAAAUGCAGCCUUCAGUGUGCCAGGAUAACAAUAGGAUUAAGGUACAUGCAAUAUUUUUUGUUGUAAUUGUUUGGUUUUUUUAUGCUGGCACAAUAUAUGUUUCCGUCUUAUGUAAAAUUGCGGUUAUGCAAGGCUCUCCGAAACGGAAUGAUUGCUUAGGUCGAGGAGCGUCUGUAGUGUAAUAAGAAAGAUAAAAUAUAACAGUGUUGCUUUUAUUAUCACUUAAUUUUUUAGCCUAGUUAGUUUAGCUAGUCUUUAUCAGUUUGUUUUUCACUGUCCACUUGCUCACUUCUCCUUAAAUUAUUCAAGGAUUUUAAAUGCUGUAUAUUUAGAACCUGAUGCUGAAAGGUGAUUUCACUGGAAGUUGAGCAUGCAAAGCAGCUUGCAUGAGGUCCUCUGCAUAGAAAUGUUGCUACUAAUAAAGGUAUUAUGCAACCUAAGAAACAGGCUUCUGUGUAAGUCUUGGUGAGAUUAAGAAUGAUGGACAGUUGUAUUACAAAACUUCGGUUUAAAUGCUUUGAGGUUUAUUCAAAGAGGCUCUAUGCAAACAAAUUCAGAUCAUGCAAAAAUUCAAGUAGCCUUGAAGUCUUUGUUUGCAGAUAUGCCUCCAAAGACAGUUGUGUGUGGAAGAGAACCUGGGGGAAUUGGAAAAUAGAUAGUGAUGUCCUGCCGUGGGACCCAGUGAGACCGAAAGAGUUCAAGAAGGGAGAUGCUAGCUUCCCAUUGAAAAAAAUCUCUAUGUGAACCCUGGGGCCAAAUUAUGCCCUCAGUUAUACUGGUGUAAAACCACUGACUUAUUUGGCUACGUUGAAAUUACUCCAGGUUUACUCCAGUGUUACUGAAGGCAGCAUUUGGCCUUAUAUUCUUAAUACUAUCUGUAUAUUGUGUGAAUAUAGUAGUUUCUUAACUGUAGUCCUCUAAAAAGGGUUACCGUGUCUAGCCAGCCUAUGAUUACUAAGGUGUAGCUGUAUUACAGAAAAUUAAUGUCUUCCAAAGAGCUCAAGAAAAUCCUCUUGGAAUAGUUUGUCAUUGUGACAAAUUUUCCCUCUUGUUCAUAGUCCAGUGAAGGAAUAACAGACUAUUUGUGCUAAAGAUAAAAUGAGGCACCUGAUUAUUUUUUUAAAUGAAAUGAAAGAUAAUUGCUUUUAAAAUUACUUAUACACUUGAGUAUUUAUAUAAUGUUGGAGUUCUUUCAUCUCUUUGUAUUUUGUAUAUUAAUCAUUUUCCUUGUGUAUAUUUAUUUUACUGCUUGAAUAAAUGUUGCUAUUUAUGCAGGUACCAUUUUACCCUGUGUACCACAGCUAUAAUUUCAUUAAGCAUUAGGCCCUAGUUAAAUGUACAGUAUCAAGGUUGGCCAGUUCACUUUGCCUGGGAAAAGAACCUCACGGUUUCCAUACACUCUGGGUUCAAUCCUGUUCUCACAGAAGUAUAUGGCAAAAUUGCCAUUGGCUUCAACAAGAGCAGGAUUGGAGCCUAUAUGUCCUUUUUCCUUUUCUGUUAGCUAUAUAAAGAACCAAAGCACUUAUGUCUAGUCAGACUAGAAAAAGAUUGAUGGAUACUUUCUCUAAUCUAUUUUAACUAUCUAAUCUAUGGCUUUUACUGUGCUAAUCACCAUGGUGGUGAUUGUACAUCCAUUAUCACAACCAUCAGCAGACAAAAUAUAAUUUGGUCCUAAUCAGCGAUAUAAAACAUAA